GGAGCCAGCCACAUACAGCAGGUUGGUGGGGUAGUAGUAGUACAUUCAACAUAUAUAUCCACCUUAAAAUUUCCAAGAAUUAAGCACUUGUGUUGUAGAUCAAUCAUCACACCAACUCUUUACUAUUACUACUACAGUGACUGCACCAUUUUCAUGCAUACACUAGAACUAAAAUCAGGAUCAAGAAUUGGCAAGUAAACUAAAGAUGGUGCAAUUUUCAGAGAAAAUCAAGUCAUUUCUAAACGAUCGAUGGCUAGUUUUUGUGGCAUCGAUGUGGGUUAUGUCUUGUUCUGGAAUUGGGUAUCUGUUUGGGAGCAUUUCCCCAGUGAUCAAAAGUGGUAUGGGUUAUAACCAAAGGCAAAUUGCUAUGUUGGGUGUAGCCAAGGAUUUGGGUGAUGCUAUUGGAUUUCUUGCUGGUAUCUUGUGUGAAGUUUUGCCCAUAUGGGCUGUUCUAUUCAUUGGUGUUAUUCAGAAUUUUGUUGGAUAUGGUCUUGUUUGGCUUAUUGUAGCUCACAAAUUGCCUGCUUUGCCUCUCUGGGUGCUUUGCGUUUUGAUAUUUAUCGGAACUAAUGGUGAGACAUACUUCAAUACAGGAGCCUUAGUUUCCUGUGUACAGAAUUUUCCUAAAAGCCGUGGUCCAGUAGUGGGGAUACUUAAAGGAUUUGCUGGGCUAAGUGGUGCAAUUUUGACACAAGUUUAUGCUAUGUUCAACUUUCCUGAUCAAGCCUCCCUUGUUUUCGUGGUUGCUGUUGGGCCAUCAAUUGUAAUUACUUCUGUGAUGUUCUUGGUUAGACCUGUAGGUGGUCACAAACAAGUUAGACCUUCAGAUCAUUCGAGCUUCCUAUUUACCUACAGCAUUUGCGUUAUCCUGGCAGCUUAUCUGUUGGCAGUUUUGCUUCUUCAGGAUUUAAGCAGUUUAAAUGAGAAUGUGAUAAUCAUAUUGACAAUUGUCUUAGUUAUUUUAGUAGUGCUUCCGGUUAUUAUUCCUAUUUUUUUGGUUUUCUUCUCUGGACCAAGACCCGUUUUAGAGGAGAGCCUUCUUCCUGAAGCAGAGAAACAAGAAUCCUCUAGAAUGGGGAGUUUCAUUCUCAGCGAGGUGGAAGACGAGAAGACUCCUGAGGUAGACACACUCCCACCAUCAGAAAGACAAAAGAGAAUUAUGCACUUGCAAGCUAAACUAUUUCAAGCAGCAGCAGAAGGAGCAGUCAGAGUCAAGCGGAGAAAAGGUCCACGCAGAGGGGAGGAUUUCACUUUGCCUCAGGCUCUAGUGAAGGCAGACUUUUGGCUUAUUUUUAUCUCCCUAGUUCUAGCAUCUGGUUCUGGUUUGACAGUGAUUGAUAAUCUGGGUCAGAUGUCUCAGUCAUUAGGUUAUGCUAACACCCAUAUAUUUGUCUCAAUGAUUAGCAUUUGGAACUUUCUUGGCCGUGUUGCUGGUGGAUACUUCUCUGAGAAUAUAGUAAAAUACUUUGCAUACCCAAGACCAGUGGCAAUGGCUGCAGUUCAAGUUGUUAUGGCAUUUGCUCUGUUCUUCUAUGCUAUGGGUUGGCCUGGUUCAAUAUAUGUAGUCUCUGUGGUGAUAGGACUCUGCUAUGGAGCACACUGGGCAAUUGUACCAGCUGCAGUCUCGGAACUUUUUGGAUUGAAAAGCUUCGGUGCAUUGUAUAACUUCCUUACAUUGGCUAGUCCGGCCGGCUCCCUGAUCUUUUCUGGUGUUAUUGCUAGUGGUAUAUAUGACUAUCAGGCAAAGCAGCAACAUGAACAACGGGUUCAAGGUUCAGGACUGGGGCUAGGAGUGCCUCUCGUUAAGGAUGACUAUCUUACUUGUUAUGGCUCCAUAUGCUAUUCACUCACAAUGGGCAUCAUGUCAGGACUCUGUAUCAUUGCAUUUAUCUUGAGUUUGAUUGUUGUGCAUCGAACGAAGAGGGUUUAUGCACAAAUCUAUGGCAUGCCUCAAGCUUGAAGGAUAUUCAGCCAAAGAUACUCUGCAGUCUAUAGAAUUCAAAAGUAUCCUGAUUCCUUGGCAGAUUGCUCAAGUGAUUUCAAGAAAGGAGAAGCAGCACACAUUUAAUCUGCUCUCGCGGCUCAGAAACCGAAGCAUUUGUCAUGUCUGUUUGUUCAUAAACUAUGUUACAGUGUUCUCGACAAACACAAUAUUUAGAUUGCCAGUGAAACAUAUUAUUCUGAGUCUUGUAAUUCAGUCUAUGAAGGGUUUGAAACAUAAGUGUGUUCAUAAUAUGGGAGGUUGUUUUUGUUUUGCUGGAGAUGCCAGUCAUCUGUAAUCUUGAUCAUAUCAUGAUCAUUAUUUGUAGUACAUUAUCAAAUUUUGAAGAAAUGGAGAAUGCUUUUGUUCUUUCUCUUCCU